AUGUCACCACCACCUCGAAUAUUGAUCUUCGGCACCGGUAGCAUUGGCGCCGUCUACGCAUGGGUAUUGGCCCAAGCCGUUGGUGAAUCCAAUGUAUUCGCGGUCUGCCGGUCCAACUAUGACAUCGCAAAGAAACAAGGCUUCACGAUCAACUCGGGCAUAUUCGGCGAUAACCUGAACGUGCGUCCAGUGAUAGUGCGAUCCGCCGCCGAGGCAGCAGAAAUCUCAACCACGACAUCCAACAACCGAGACCAAGUCCCCAUAUUCGACUACGUGAUCAUCACCGCCAAAGCCAUACCAAGUACGCCGUCAAUCCCCAGCCAGAUAGCACCAGCCAUCAGUCCCCAAACCACCAUUGUCCUCAUCCAAAACGGCAUCGGCAUCGAACAAAUCUACCACGACGCCUUUCCAGAGAACCCCAUCCUCUCAUGCGUCGUCUACUUACCGGCAACCCAAACCUCCCCGGGCACCAUAACACACACCGAAGUCGAACACCUCCACAUCGGCACAUAUCCCUCCAACACUAAACUCAGCACCAGCACCAGCACAACCGACUCACCCCCAACCCCAACCUCUGCAGCCCAAAACGCAGCCUCAACCUUCACAUCCCUAAUCCGCGCGGGCCACGCAACCGCGACGCUGCACAGGGACAUCCAAGGCGAACGCUGGACGAAACUACUGGUGAACGCGUCGUGGAACCCGAUGUGCGCGCUGUCGCGCAGCCGGGACGCAGAAAUCCUGAACAGCUCGCCGGCCCACGCGCCCGAAGUCCUGCGCGCCGUGAUGCUCGAGGUCGCGGCCGUGGCGCGCGCCGCGGGCUAUGCGCACGUGUCGCCGGAGCGGGCGGAGAUGCAGCUCGGGCGGGCGCGCGCCAGGGCCCUGCCCGGCGUCGAGCCCAGCAUGCUUGCCGACGUGAGGGGCGGACGCCGCAUGGAGGUCGAUGCCAUUGUGGGGAAUGCAUUGCGCGUCGCCGAGGGGUUGGGCGUGCACACGCCGUUGUUGCGCUUGUUGUUCGUCUUGUUGAAUGCCCUGGAGAGGAGGGUGGAGGACGCCGAGGUUUAG